UUCGGAUCUUCAGUUGCUGUUUUACAUUUGCCUUUGUCGGACAGGCUUUGGGAAUACGGCCGCAAUCAAAUCUCCGACAAAACAAAAAACCAAAAGAAGAGAAAUGAAAAAGAAAUUGUGACAAACCAAAACCCUCGACAACAAAAAACAAAACCAACAACAAGAAAAGAAAAUCAAAUUUGUGUUGUAGCAGCUCGAGACGAGAGAGAGAAAAAAAAAAGAAAAAACAAACAAAUAAAAAUUAAUUAAAUGCGAUAAUUUGAUGUGAAGAGUGGUCGUCUAUCUAGCAUUUGUUAGUCGUGUACCAAGAUUGUGUUAAGCAAAUUUAUAACGGUUACCUCGGAGGGGUCAUUAAAUUUAAAUUAAAACCUGUGUCCACAAACUAACCGUCAUUCAGUCAGUCAGUCACUCACUCAUUUAUUCAUUCGUUCAGUUAUUCAUUAAAACGGAAAAUAGUGUAAAAGAAAGUCUGUGAAAUACAACAAGAAAUUAACAAAUUAAAUACAACAAAGACAACAACAACAACGACAACGAAUCUAUGAUCAUCAUCAAAGCCCACCAAGAGUUAUGAAUGGUCCAAACUCAAGCCAGAGGAUAUUUAAACUGGAAUAAGAACGACAAAAAACUACGCUUGUGAUUGGCUAACUACCGCAUCGCAAAUUGCUAUCAGAUAGCCGGAACAUACUUUCUAAAACGAUGGGGUCAGAUAAACCAAUGAAAGCGACGAGUAGUUCGCCCCCCAUAUUUUGUGAUUAUGCAACCAUGAGCACCGGAAAAAAUACCUGCCAAGCCAAAGAAGCGCCAUCCGCAGCCACCGUGUUCUGCACCAAGCUGAGAAAACAUUUCACACAAAUCAAAAACCAUACCCAUCCGGGACGUCGUUGUCAGUAUCAGAAGCUCAACAAUGUCUCCAGCCCGUCAGCAGCACAGAAGUCAGCGCCCAGCACCAGAAGCAGGCUGAGCAGUCUGAUGAAUUUGAUCAGCAUAACAACCCUGGUGCUGGUGACGUUGAUAACAACAGCAUCGGCCAAUCCCGUUUUUGUGGAUAAUCCCAGCUUAGCACAAUUUCAAUCCGGCAGAAACAUCAGACAUCUACCCUGCAUAGUGAGAAAGUCCGGCCGUUCUGGCGUCUGUAUGUUCGCCAUCGAUUGCAUCAAACAGAAUGGAACCCAUUUGGGCACCUGCAUUGAUCGUUUCUACUUCGGAUCAUGCUGUGACAUUAAGGACGAAGGUUCAUUGUUUGCCCCAGAGAUAGGCGACAAUAGCAUAGAUCAAAAUACCAUAUCUCAUCAUUAUACCUCAGAGUCCACCACAAUGCCGACGAGUGCCCUGUUCAAACUGACCACACUGGGGCCACACAUUGACAGCAAUACAACCUUGCAACAGCCGCAAGCAGAUUUGACUCAAAUCUCGAAUAUUGUAACUCAGACUAUGCUCUCAGAAGGCUCAACGACUCAAUACCAAAACACCCGCCAACCGGUCACAACACAAACAAAUACAACGGCAAUAAGUUCUACGAAGCCCAGCACAACGAGCACGGCCAAACCGCCACAAUCCACCACACACAAGCAAUCGCACUUUGUGAUUAGGACCACAGCCAAGCCGGCGAAGGGUACAACCGGUGGGGGAAAGCCUUUGUAUAACACAACAACAAAGAAAAAGAAAAUCACCACAACUACAACAACCACUACAACACCACGACCCAUACUCACCACAACAGCCAGCAGCAAAGUGGCACAAGAUGAACUGACCUCGGAGCUUAACACACCACCCACAAAACUAUUCACUUUCCAAACUGUGGAAACCACUGUGGCAACACCCACCGAACCGACAAAACUAAUGGAAUCCGUUACCACUCAGCGACCGAAUGUAGCGUCCAAAACGACAAAGUCACCACAACUCACUGUCGGUCCAACAAAUGUCAAAAAUUCAACUUCGACCACGGCUCAACGGCCCAUAACUAAACCCAAGCCACAAACCAGUCGGAAACCAAGCACGACAAAGAAGCCUCAAAGCCAUAAACGGACGACGGCAAAACCAACAAACAAGCCAUUGCCUACAACAAUGGCCGAUCAAAUGAAGCAGCAGAAUGCCACCACAACUUCCAGCAGCAGCUCUAGCACGACGACACAUGUCAGCACAACAACAGCAAAUGCAACCAUUACCAAAUAUCCCGGUGGAUACCGACCCAAACCGAAACCCACAGUUACCGCCACCGCGACAGUUACCAAGGUGCCGAGACCGACAACGACUUCAUUUAAGCCCAGACCCAAACCCACCACCACCACCAAUGCGCCAGAAGAACUCAUCGUCACUACCAGCACCACAACCGAUGCAACGAAAAAAGUGCCAGCAACGUCGUCGACCUCCUCAUCCAGUUCUGCAUAUACCACAACUACUACGACGACUUCCACCACAAAGAAACCACAAUCCACCACUAAGAAAACAACGACAACAACCACCACAACCAUACCACCACCGGUGCAUCAAAGCACCACCGAUGCUCCUGAGGUCGUUUCGACCACCCAAAAACCAGGUUUGGUAACUUGGACAAAUAUUGAUGCAGAACCUGCAGAUCCUAACAAAGCUUCAGACACCGACUGGAUGCCUGUCACAACAGCUGGCCCCAAUGCCAAUAACAAAACGGAAGAAUCACUCGACUCAAUCAAAUACGAGGAAGUCGGUGUCUCUGUCAUCACCAGUAUUAGUGCUGUGGUGAAUAACAAUACAGUAUUUGUAUCGCCACCACAAAAACCGAUUAUUUUCCAAUUAUCAUCCAGCACAUCGACUACGACGACAACAUCAACGACCCGCAAGCCUGUCACAACAACUAGUACCAGUACAACAACAACGACGACAGCCAAGCCCACAACCACUUCCACCACCACCACAACAACAACAAAAUCAACGACGACAACUACACAUAAACCUCCCACUCAUUAUACCACCCCAACAACGACAACUAGCACCACAGAGAAACCCACCACACCCUCUACUGCAACACCAUCCACACCAAUCACCUCCACGACUACAACUUCCAAACCCAGCUCGCCAACAAUCCCACCAAGUCCAAUUACCGAGGCUCCAUUUGCUGCCUCGUCCAUUACACCACCCCAGCCACCGGCCACAGACAUACCAAUCGUCGAUCUAUUCACCACCGAAAGUCCUGAAAGUCUGGCAGUGAAUGUCUCCAUUACGAACAGUCUGGAGGGUGUCGACUAUAGACAAGUUUGCGGCCGAAGAAUGUUCCCCGAACCACGCAUUGUGGGUGGUUCCAAUGCGGCCUUUGGUCGUUGGCCAUGGCAAAUAUCGCUGAGACAGUGGCGUACCUCAACCUACUUGCAUAAGUGCGGAGCUGCGUUGCUGAAUGAAAAUUGGGCCAUAACAGCGGCACAUUGUGUGGAUAAUGUUCCCCCAUCGGACUUGCUCUUGCGUCUGGGUGAAUACGAUUUGGCGGAAGAGGAAGAACCCUAUGGAUAUCAAGAAAGGAGAGUACAAAUUGUUGCCUCCCAUCCACAAUUCGAUCCACGGACAUUCGAAUACGAUUUGGCGUUAUUGAGAUUCUAUGAACCGGUGACGUUCCAACCCAACAUUAUACCAGUCUGUGUGCCAGACAGCGAUGAAGAUUUCAUUGGCCAGACGGCCUUUGUGACCGGCUGGGGUCGCCUCUAUGAAGAUGGUCCAUUGCCCAGUGUGCUGCAAGAGGUAGCGGUGCCCGUUAUCAACAACACCAUUUGUGAGUCCAUGUACCGAUCGGCCGGAUAUAUUGAGCACAUACCGCACAUAUUCAUUUGUGCGGGAUGGAAAAAGGGUGGCUACGAUUCAUGUGAAGGCGACUCUGGUGGUCCCAUGGUCCUGCAACGUGAAUCCGACAAACGAUUCCAAUUGGGCGGUGUCAUUUCCUGGGGCAUUGGCUGUGCCGAGGCCAACCAGCCCGGUGUCUACACAAGAAUUUCCGAGUUCAGAGACUGGAUCAAUCAGAUUUUACAAUUUUAGACUUUAAAUGCAAUCCAACAAGAACGACGAUCACCGAACGAACAUUCCGUUGAUGAUGAUCGACGACAUUUGUAGCAAAUAAUCAUCAUUUGUAUUUAUAUAUAUUGUAGUAUGUGUUAGUUAUUUAGUUAGUUGCCUAUGUAAAUCAAACUAUUCUAAGCGAUUAGAAUUUAGGGCACUUUUAUUUAAUGUUUUAGUUGGGAUGAAGUAGCGGAAGCCACUUCGCCCCAUCCACUAUUUAAUUCAUCUAAUUUAUUUGAUAUUUUCGUUACAUUAACAAAUUAGAGCAAUAAUUUCGUUAUUAUUAUUUUUUUGAUUACCAUUAACCAGUGAUAUGAGUCGAUAUUCCUUAUGAAAAUUUACACAGAAAAAAAAGAACGAAGCUAAAACAAAUUGGCAAUUACAUGCGGAGAAUACAACAAGCCCUGAAACGAAAUCAACUUGUUCUUUGGUUAUAGGCAAUCCGAGUAGAGGUUGGAAUCUCCACUUAGAAUGCCCUUGGGCA